CCAAGGAAACGGAAAUCGGAAUACAAAUUAAACCGCCACAACCACAACAAAAAUAACACAAACAGGAAAUAAAUUAUUAAUAGAGCAAAAGGUGCAAAUAAAAAUGUUUAGAGGAGAUAACUCACAUUCAUUGAGCUACGAGCAACAAGCGAAAUUUAUUCAAGAUCGUAUCUCAAACGUCGAAAAGAAUUUUGGCGAACUAUGUGUUGGUUUUGGAGACUACACAAGAAAAACCGCCAGGUUACGCGACAUGGGCGAUGAACUUGCUAAGAUUAUAAAGGAAUAUGCCAACAACGAAAUAGUUAACAAGUCACUUAGUGCUGGCCUUGAUAACUUGUCGAUAACGCUUACAGCGAUUGAAGAGUAUAGAAACUGUGAAGUUCAGCGUUUAGAAGCAAAGGUAAUAGGGGAACUAUGCCAGUAUGAAAGUAUUUGUAAGCACGCGAGGGAGGAGCUCAAGCAUACCAUGAAUGUAAGGGAAAAGGAAAUGGCCAGGAAAAAAGUUCUGGACAAGGCCAGAGAAAGGCAGCCGUUUAACAGGCAGCAAGUUACUUAUGCUGAAUCGGAACUGCUGAAAGCAUCAGCGGAAAUGUCUCGAACCGCGAAAGGUUUGAGCGAGCAGACCGAGUUUUUCGAAAAGCGCAAAUUGGUUCAGCUGAAGACGCUUCUCUCGGACUUCGUGCGGAUAGAGAUGACGUUCCACGCUAAGGCGGUGGAACUGCUCAGCGUCGCGUUUCAACAGAUUGCCGACAUCAAUGACAGGGCUGAUUUAGAGCUUUUAGUAACAGGUCUUUCCAAUCAAGAGGAUGAAUCGAACUUUAAACGGAAACUACGUUCACCUGAGAAGCAAGUAAGCACAGGGAUAUCCGUGAGAUCAUCUUCAUUGGCAUCGCUCAUGAACCCACAGUUCUCUCCGGCGAGGGGAGACGAAGACUCGAUGAGUUUGGGAAGAUUACGAUCGCCAGAUAAGAAUUUAUCUGCGAAAUCGAGAACUGGUUCGCUGGCCGCGCUGAUGAAUCACUCUUCAUCUAAAGACGAAGAGGAGACGACGGACUCUGAUGGCUCACGAGACAACAGCACUUCUGAAGAAACAGAAUCACGUUGAUAGAUUUUUUACAGUGUGAUUUUUCAUAAUAAAUUACUGAUUAAAUAUAAAUGUUUAGUUGCAAUGUACCUAUCUACUAAAUAAAAUAAAGUACUUAAUAUCAAAAUGUGGAUCUUUUUCGUUUGGAAAGGUUCAUGUCAAAUCCUUGGUCAAAUCUUAAAUGUGCGUUUCGUAUGCAAUCUUACCCCAA